AAAGGGAUCAAAUGAGCGACAUCAAAGGUGUCUGAUUUGGUGCGUGCUUUCAUGGAACAGAGAGAGGAAAAGACAAGGAAGAACAAAUGAAAAUUGGGUAGAAAUUAUGACAGCUCUCGGCAUUUGCCAAAGCGAGGUUUUGUGACCUCUUUCCGCGAUCGGGGGCUAUCUCAAACCUGCCAAACUCGAAUGAUCAUUGAUGUAUACCUUUCCCCCCAGCCAAAUAGAAAAAAAUAAUGGAAUCCGCUAUCGAUGAUGAGAUUACGUCGAUAAAUUCAAUCUACGGCGAUGAAACCCUGGUGCUAUCGUCCAGAGACCCUACGGUAUGUCUCUUGCGAUUGCCAGCCCACACAUCAACCGUGCUGCGGUUAGAAUUUCCGCGCGACUAUCCGGACGCACCACCCUCAGUAGCAGGCAUCGAGACCGUCGGAGAUGACCUGCCAAAGGGCGCAGGUCACAAGAUCCUGGAGCUCGUGAGAGAUGUGCUUUCGAACGUGUACAAGCCAGGCGAAGCCUGCGUCUACGAUUUGCUGGAGGACACGGGUGAGGCUCUGAGCCGUCAUGCGCUGCUGUUGGGCAACGCCCCAGAUGACGGUUCUCCAAACGUUUUGCAAGCGGCACAGCCCGCGGAAGAGGAUCUCGGGCCGGAGCCUCCGUGGAUUCUGUCAGAUCCUAUAAGUGAGAAGAAAUCGGUCUUUGUGGGCCGUGCAGCUGUGGUGAAUUCAACAGCGCAAGCUCAGCAAUAUCUCCGUCACCUUCUUCACACGGACAAGAAGGUCAGGAAUGCAACGCACAACAUCAACGCAUGGAGAAUUCAAGGUGUUAAUGGCGUCACAUACCAGGACUGUGACGACGACGGAGAGACGGCUGCUGGUGGAAGAGUGCUACACCUCAUGCAGCUGAUGGACGUUUGGAACGUUAUGGUGGUUGUCACAAGAUGGUACGGCGGCAUCCUGCUUGGACCCGACAGAUUCAGGCUCAUCAAUUCCGCCGCAAGAGACGCCCUUGUCAAGGCAGGGUUCAGCCACGAGGCGGAGAGUGGAAGCAAGAAGAAGAGUAAGAAGUAAUUGGGGAAAUAGAAUUGAUUGUUAUUAGCUCACGUACGCUGGAAGGGGCCGAGCGAGGAUACCGCUCCAUUCAAGCCUGGAGUCUGUUUCGAUUUCGUUUUGGUAUCGACGCUGGGAAUAGUUACCGGCGACAUUGAAUGGCUUUUUGUCCCCUCCGAGAGCCCAAUUCGCCAAUGUUGCUACCAAGAUGAUGCCCGUUGCUGCCCAGCAACUCCACUGCUCAUAUGCAGUAAGAGGCAGCAGCAUAGGUAGUCGCGGGGACUGAAGCAUGUAUUUUUCGUGAAGCACGACGCUUGCCACCAACACUGUCGUCGAGAAGACAGCGCAUAGAAGCU